UCCACACACGUGGAAUGCGCGGAAGCGUUUGCCCUCACUCGCUCUAUAAAACGGGACGUGUCAUAUCUCGCUAUGCUUACAUCUAUGGCUCCGCUUGUCUUCCGAAUUCAAGUUUGACGUCACGCGAACAACUCCGAAAAAACAAAAUAUCCCUUUUACUUCGAGUUUUUUUUAAAAUUUAUUUCUUUUCCGCUCCUCAGCUAUCUCUUUGUGACGUCUGGAAUCAGACAAGUCGGUUCUUGGUGCGUGUUACAGCGCAGGGGUAAGGGAUCGACCUGUAUGUGAACACUGACGAAUGCUAGCCAACGAGCUAAAUUAAGCUAACCCGCACGUUAUUGACGGAUCGUCAAAUAGCGGAUUAUCAGCACAACUGCGACGGUAUAUCGACUUUCGAGCGCGUGAAGAAUUUCCUUAUGGAGCGUAAAUAUAACCUCAAGAGUCCAGCGGUGAAGAGGUUGAUGAAGGAGGCUGCCGAAUUGAGAGACCCCACAGAGCACUACCACGCUCAGCCACUGGAAGAUAACCUAUUUGAAUGGCACUUCUCCGUACGCGGACCGCCAGAUUCGGAUUUCGACGGUGGGGUUUACCAUGGCAGGAUUGUGCUUCCCCCAGAGUAUCCGAUGAAGCCUCCCAGCAUUAUUCUCCUCACAUUUGUUCACCCACCCCCUACCAUCCCAACCCACCGUUUCCUAACUUCCACCCCACACACUCAGCCAAACGGAAGAUUUGAAGUCGGGAAGAAAAUCUGUCUGAGUAUAUCGGGUCACCAUCCGGAGACAUGGCAGCCUUCAUGGAGCAGUCCCAGGAUUUCUGCUGCGAGACGCGUGACUGUUCAUUGCGCUCGGCGCUCCGAGCUCUGUCCCCCAACAGCGACCUCGGCCCAGAGGACCGCGUGGCAAAUGAACUCGCACAACAAAUUGACUUCGAGACAGAGUCAAGUUCACCCAGUAAACGAGCAAGCGAGGGCGAGGGCGGAGAGAUGGAGGUUUCCAAUCCUGACGAGGAAGGUGCCUCAAAUUCUGCAGGCUGCGAAGCUGCUGAUGGGCCCCUGCCUGAGCAGGCAGAAAUGUCAACAGCCGCCAGAGCGGAGAGGCCCCAAACUCUUUUGCCCUCCAACAGCGGUCAUCCUCGCAGUCCCCGGCACCGUCGUGUCCAACAGGCCCAACGAGACAACGGGGAAGCCCCGAACAGACCGGCCUUCAUUGCACGGGUUCACGCGCCACCAAAUGAUAGCUACGCAGGCUCAGCCGUGCUCAUUGUGGUGCUCACUUUGGCCCUGGCUGCACUUAUUUUCCGAAGGGUUUACCUGGCUAAUGAGUACAAGUUUGAUUAUGAGCUGUGACCGCAUAGUGUCGCUAGCCAAGUCGGCCCUCCGGCACCACGAGCAGCUUCAUUUCCACCAGAGCUUCAGCACGCACUGGAACAUUUGGCUUAGUCUUUCCUCAUUAGCACUGGAUCCCAUCACCUCGAUGCGCAUUCCACUCACUGCAGCAUCGGCGGUUUCUUUUUUUUACUCUGUGAAUUUUUGUUCUGCCCCUAGAUUUUUGGAGAGGCUGCGUAGUCACGAAUGAGCUAUUUCACUUGUUUAAUUAACUCGUAAACUGCUGUGUGCGGUUCUAUUCGUCAAGUGGAAUCCAGCCAUCUACUUCCACCGAUGAAUAUGUCUUUUCAACUGGCAUGCGCGGAGGUGGCCGCCCCGCUCACCAGCCACGUAGAUCUUAGCAUCAGUUAUAUUAAACGGCAUAAAAGGUCACACCGACCCCCACCCCCCCGCCGACGAUCAAUAAACUUUUAUCAGCACCCCUUUUCGAUAAUGGGUUGGGCGGCAGUCGCACGGUUGAAUUUGACAGCGCAGUUUUUGAAAUUGUAUGUAUACGGGUCAUUUUCAUAUAAUUACAUCAAUAACGGUACAUCAUUUUGAAAAUCAAGUUUACUGAUUAUUUGAAUUCUUAUCAUUAAAAAGGUAAUAAUUGUUUCUAAGAGGGGGGGAAAAAAACUUUUUCACCCUUUUAAUGUCUUUACCGCCAUGUCCCAAAUGAAAUUUUAUGAUUUGCAACGUUUUCUGGAGACGGGAAUUCCAUUUUUAAUGAUACAGUAGGCUAUAGGAUUUCUGUCCUUUUGCUUAGUAUGCCUUUUCCAUAAAAACUAACACAAAUGCAUCUCAAUGUCGUAAGUCUUUCUUUUUAUUGGUUAUUUUACAAAUGAUCCUUCUAUGUCAAGGUGUCUUUACCAUUAAUAAUAGUACCGGGACGUGGCAGCCAUUUUACAUUCACACAAUAGCAGACAGCAAAAUAGCUUAUUUCGGAGUUCUGAAUAAAUACAGCGGCUGAAAUAAGAAUUUAACGUCACCAUUUUUCUCACUAAAUAUACUUCUAAAGGUGCGAUUGACAGGAACAUUUCACCAGAGAACAUAGAACAAAUAAUAAAUAAAUAACAUCAGAAAUUAAGUUGUUGAAAUGUCACAGGGAAAAAGUAUUGAACACAUGAAGAAAGAGCAGUGCAAAAAUGCAUGGAAAGCCAAGACAACACCUCAAAUCUAAUAAAGAACAAUGUCAGUGCAAAUGAAUAUCAUUGAUAUAAUCGAUGGCCUACAAAAAGGUCUCGUUGCCACGGUGUGAGUCAAGACACAUCUCAUGGUGGGUAAGACCAGAGAGCAGUCUCAAGGCCAUCACAAACUAAUUGUUGCAUGACGUAGCAAUGGCGUCGGUUCCAGGCGCAUAUCGAAGCUUCUGAACGUUCCGGUGAGCACGGUUGGGGCCACAAUACGCAAGUAGAAAGCCAAUCAUGCCGCCACAUUAUUACACGCAACUGAAUUUACUUGGGUUGUUCCCAACAUCCGGUGAAAUUUUCAUGUCACUUGCAGCUUUGGGAAUAUAUGCAGUGAGAAAAAUGGUGAUGUGUUAAAUACUUAUUACAGCCACUGUAUGUAUGAAUUUGUGAAGGUUGGAAUAUUGCAUGUCUUUACUGUUAUUACGAUUGUAUAAAGACAAAAGUGUAAUGGGUUUGAGUAGGUGGAAUUGGUUGAAUGAGUAGUUCGAUAAUUUAUGCACUUCUAUCCUCAAAGUUUAAAGGGCAAGAUGUAAAUUGUGCAACACACAGGUUAUGGGAAAAAAAUGGCAAAAUUGAAGUCAUUUUAAUUUGGGGAUUUCCCCCCCCCCCCCCUUAAUAAGUAAGAUUUUUUUUGUUCAGAUCACAUUUGCAUUGGACUGCCAUGAAAUAAGUGUAUUCCUCUCUGGAUUGAUUGUCUUGACUAUAUCGAGUCUGCAUCGCUCACGGCGUGUUUUAUAGUUGUAAUCUGUAAAUAAAUUAUUUUCCAUCAAAAA